AUGGCAGAGGCGUUGAUUCAGUCGUGCAACCACUACAAGACCACCAAGGUUGCAUCAGCGGCUGCAUUGGCAGCAGAAAGACAAUUCCAAAUGAAGGAGCAAGCACGUUUGGAGAAAGAACGUGACAAAGAGGCGAAUAGACUUCAGAAGCAGAAGGAUCAGGAGGCUGCAAAGCAAAAAAGGAAGGCUGAGAAAGCUGAGAUUAAGAAAAAGAAGAAGGAGGAGGAAGAACAGGCGGCUGAAGCCGCAGCUCUUGCAGCAUUGCAGGAUGGAGAGAAGGCAGAGGAGGAGGAAGGUCCUAGAAAUCGACGUGGCAAAGGAAUUAAUGAGUUGACUGAGGCUGAUGCUCCAUUGAUCAAGGAAAAGAUCGCAGGGGCUGAAUGCCGCGUAGUUGCCACUGUGGAUGACUUCGUCAGAAUCAUGUGCAAAGAUGAGCCAGUGAUUCUACGACUAUCUAGGUCCGCCUUCAAGAAAGUGAUGGAAUUCCAUGCUGAGUUCACUGGGGCAAACGUCAAGGAAAUCAACUCAGUGAACAAUUCUUUCAAAGCCGAGUUGACCCAGUUCAUCUCUGAGUUUGCGGAGAAAUGCGAGGCUUCGCCUGGGAAGAUUUGCAAGAAGAUCCACUUGUGCUCAAGCAUGGUGCAGGACCGCGUGGAUGCCUUGAACUUCGACAAGGUGGCUCUGAGCUUCAUUGAGAAUGACUCUAGCGGACCAAAGUUCUUCCCCCCCUAUGUCGUCGACAUUGACAGACUUGAGUCACUUAUGAAAGAAGUCUCCAAGAAUGGCAAUGCGGAUGCUGACAUCAAGAGGUACAAGCAGUUCUCAUUGGUUGGAUUCGAGCAUGGCACUGACUUUUCUGGUCUUUUCCGCGGGUGCACUGGGCAGAUUCAAAUGCAACUUGAGGGAACGCGUUCAUUGGCCAUCUCAAGCUUGGAAGAUGUUUCUUGUCUUUAA